UUAAUCGGGAGUAAAUCUGCUCAUUAUGAAAUGUCAAACCUAACUGAGUAUCAAUCAAGUAACAUCUUUCAAAAAGGCCAACUCCGAAGAAAGUAUUGUUUCAUUGGAAACUACAUUGAAAAACGUCCGUUAUUAAUGUUUUCACUAAUUCUCAGAUUGCUUUUAAUGUUUAAUUUCCCUACUCGUUUAAGUGUCUGACUAAUGUAACUGCCCUGUUAUUCUAGAAAAAGUAUAUAAUACUUUAUCAAACUUCGACCACAUUAAGUUGUAAAAAGGGGGCUCGUCUAAAUAAGUGUGCUGGUAAACUGCAUUCUACUAUGUAUUCUUCCAUGGAGUCUAAUAUUGAUAAAAGAUCAUGUAACCAAUUGGUACGAGAUGAUCACAAGCCAUUAUCUGACUUAUAAAUAUAUGCUACAACACUCUGGAUUUGUACAUAUGAAAGUGUGCAGAUGAUAUUUAAGGGGGCGUUACAACGUUAGCGAUAAAAUGUAACGCCCCGAAUUUAUUUCGUUAGAACCAUUUGACCAAGCUGCACAGUCUUGCUCCAGCAGUUCGUGCAGCAGCAAUAAAAUAUUUAGUGAUCAACGGGACUUGAAAUAAAAUUUAUAAAAAAUAUUUGAUGUGGAUUAAAAGUGUGUGCUGAAGAACAAUGUCGCUCAAUAGGAUAAAAUUAUCCUGCCGCGUUUCAGUGCUUCUACUCGUGUUUAUAAUAUAUUUGGAGGAUCCAGCUGAUGGAUUUGUUAACUCACCCAAAAUUAUUACAAAGGAUGGCAAUCUAAUUGUGGAGUCUGGACUGAAUCGCAACAUCACCUUUCGUCUAGACGGCACCUCACGCAUUAAUAUCAACGACGAAUUUGAUUUACUGGAUCUGCUAUUUGUAGGUGGCCGAACCAAUGGGCCCGCUUCAAAGCCUAAGGAUGCCAUCGAAGCGGAUAAUUUGGUACAACUCUCCAAUGAGUUAAGCACAUUGCGUCUCAGAGUUUUCGGUCCAAAUGGUUUGAAUAGACGUCUUAAUACAAUGUUGAAUGGAACUCGUAUAAAUAAUCGAUUAGUGACACGCUAUCAAAAUCGUAUGCUGGCCGUAGAACGGAGAGUACAGGUACUACAGCAGCGGCUGGAAUUGGACAGUUGUAAGAGUAAUCCCUGCGAUAAUGGUGGUACUUGCAUAAAUAUGUUUGGCGGUUUCCUUUGUCAAUGCACGAAAAAUUUUGAGGGCGCCACCUGUCAAAAAGAUGUCAAUGAGUGUGCGCUCUAUGCUGGCACCGAUUUGGGUUGUCAAAAUGGCGGACAAUGUGUGAACCAACAUGGCGGUUACAAUUGCAUAUGCACCGCUGGCUGGUAUGGCAUACACUGUACCCAACGCAAAGGCGAUUGCACGCAAUCAUCCUCAUGGGAGCUUUGUGGUCACGGUACAUGUGUAAACAGUAACGAUGAUUUUGGCUAUAAGUGUAUCUGCGAUGUGGGUUGGAAAACCAACGGUCUGACGCCGUCCUGUACGGCGGAUGUGGAUGAAUGCAACGAAACGCAUCCGCCAUGCGAAACCAAAUGUAUCAAUUUGCCGGGUUCCUUUACGUGCAGUCCAUGUGGUGCCGGUUUAACCGGCAACGGUGUUAAUUGUCGUGAUAUUGACGAAUGUGCUACACAAAAUGGCGGUUGUAGUAUGAAUCCACGUGUUGCCUGCUUAAAUACCUAUGGUUCCUAUCACUGUGGUGACUGUCCACUCGGUUGGGUUGGCGAUGGCCAUAGUUGUGUGCGACGUAGCGGCAGCAUAGAUGGCAAUGGCGCUACCGCGACCAGCUGUGCGCUCAAUAACUACUGUCAUCCGUUGGCUAAAUGUACCGAAGUGUCGAACACAGUAGUGUGCUCUUGUCCAGCUGGCAUGGUGGGCAGUGGCGUGGGCUUAAAUGGUUGCGUGCCCAAUACACAUCAGCGCUGCGAUGUGCUGCCGUGUUUGAACGGCGGCACCUGCGUCGAAUCUAAUGACAAAUUCAUCUGUAUCUGUCCAAUGGGCUUUACCGGUCCAACAUGUGCGGGCGUUAUCAAUUCUUGCAACCCGAAUCCCUGCCGCUACAAUGGCCGCUGUCGCUCCACGGGUGGCACACAAUUCGAGUGUCGCUGCCCGCCCGGUUAUAGUGGUCGCUUAUGCGAUGCACGCUUUAGCCGUUGUGGCGGUAUACUCACAGGUGUGACGGGACAUUUGAAAUACCCCGAAGGUUCCGCUUAUGAUCACAUGGCACAGUGUGCCUGGGUCAUACGCACGAAUGAGUCAUUGGUGUUGAAUGUGACAUUUACUGCUUUCGAAUUGGAAGACGCCACAGAGUGUCGCUUCGAUUGGUUGCAGAUUAAUGAUGGCCGUAGUGCCGCUGCGCAGAUUAUCGGUCGCUUUUGUGGCACACACAAACCGAGGGGCGGUAACAUUAUCUCCAGCAGCAGUGAUUUAUAUUUGUGGUUCCGAUCGGAUAACUCGACAGCGAAGGCUGGCUUCGAAUUGGAUUGGAAUUCUGUGCCACCGCAAUGUGGCGGUAUUAUAGACGUGGAAUCACAUGGCACCGUGGCAUCGCCCGGCUCACCGGGUAAUUAUCCGAAGAAUCGUGAUUGUAUAUGGCAUUUGAGGGCGCCGAAUAAUAAACGCUUCAAGUUGACUUUCUUCAGUUUGCAAAUUGAGAAACAUGACAGUUGUAAUUUCGAUUACUUGGAGAUCAAAGAUGCCAUUUCCGAUUCGACAAUAGUGAAAUAUUGUAAUUCAACUGCACCGUCACCGCUAAUGCUGCCAACCAAUGAGGCUAUUAUACAUUUCCAUUCCGACAACAUCGACACGGAUGCGGGCUUUCAAAUAUACUACUCGACCGAGGAACGUGUGCCAGGCUGUGGUGGCACCUACACAACUAAGCUGGGCACAAUCACAUCACCACCCAAUACACUGGAAGAAUCAAUAUCCUGUGAAUAUGAUAUAAAAAUGCCAAUAAGUGAAUCGAUUCGAAUCGAAUUUGAAUCGGCCGAGUUGGGCGUAGAUGACUGCUUGGAGUUCUUCGAUAUAGAGCCGAGUACGCACGAACUCACAUUGCAGGCUAAAUAUUGUGGUGGUUAUAACACUGCACCGCCAGUUCUUAUACAUUCCCUAUACAAUGCACUGCGUAUUAAAUAUUUUGCAAAGGCUGGUAAAUUCAAGCUGAAAUACGAAGCUGAUUGCUCUUACACUUAUGAGAGUCCAAAUGGUAUUGUGCAAUCGCCAGGCUAUCCGGAAUUGAGUAAUAUCGAUCGUUUCUGCAAUUAUAAGAUUAACACUGAACCAAAUACCGUUAUAACGGUUAAAUUAUUGGAUUUCGAUAUCAAAGAUAGCAGUGUAGAUGCAAGCGGUUGUGCCAUUAGCUCGCUUAGAAUCAAUGAUGGUCUCAAUCAAAAUAUUAUGGGUCCUUAUUGCGGCAAUUACACACCGCCCAUUGAGUUUGUUUCCAAAGCAAAUAUGCUUAUUUUGACAUACAAAACCGGCUUGACAACAUUGGGUAAAGGCUUCAAAUUGGAAUAUAAUUCCAUACCGAUGGGUAAAACAGAUUGUGGUGGUGUCUUUACGAAGCCCGGUCACAAGAUACGUCUGCCAACUGGCGAGGAUAAUACGUAUACCAACAAUUUGGAAUGUUACUGGGUAUUAAUGGCGCCGGAGGGCAAAGGUAUCAUGAUCAAUUGGAAUUCAUUUAGCUUGGAAAAGGCAAUGGACUGUAUGUAUGAUUAUGUGGAAAUCUUUGACACUUUGCCGAAUGAUUCCAAUGAGCAUCCGUUGGGCAGAUAUUGCGAGACGCCGCCUUCAUUAUCAAGCCACUCACGUCUGCUAACAAUCAAAUUCGUCUCAGAUAGUUCCGAAGGAGAUGCGGGUUUCGAGGCCACCUAUCAAUUCAUUGAUAUUGCCAAACAAUGUGGUGGCGAAAUAUUCUCGUCGACCGGUCGUAUCUACUCGCCGGAAUAUCCAGGCAACUACUCAAACGGUGUGGACUGCAUUUGGGUAAUCAAUACGCCGGAGAAUACACAAAUGAAACUCGAUUUCGAUAUGUUUGAGCUGCAAGCGAGCGAUAACUGUGAAAAUGACUGGCUGGAAGUGCGUAACGGUGGCUCCGUGAAAUCACCGCUCAUAAACAAAUACUGCGGCACCCUAAUACCACGCCAAUUGCCAUCAUUCACCAAUCAGAUGCGCAUACACUUUCACAGCGAUAAUUUUGUGAAUGCGCGUGGCUUUCAAAUACAUUGGUCUGUCUAUUCGAAUGGCUGUGGUGGCAAUAUAAACGCUGAUAGCGGUGUAAUCGCUUCGCCACGCUACCCCGAUCCAUAUCCACAUAACGCGGAGUGUGAUUGGCAUAUACAAGUGCCGAGAGGCUCUUCCAUACAUUUCACUAUUGAAGAUAUGUCGAUUGAGGAGCUGUUCAAUUGUCACUAUGAUUUUCUGGAAAUAUUUAAUGGGCGCACCGACUUGCAUCCACUUUUGGCGAAAUUAUGUCAGCUGGAGCGGGACGAACAAAAGCAGUUGUAUACCACGAGUAAUGAAGCCUUAUUGCGUUUCCGCACCGACGGCAGUCAACGAGAACGCGGCUUCCUCUUAUCCUACUAUGCAAAUUGCUCACGCACCAUUACCGAUAUUAAUGGUGUUAUCGAAAGUCCAAACUACGGUAAUCCCUAUUUUAAGGAUGCCAUCAAUUGUUCAUGGACCAUACAAGCACCGAAAGGCAAUAAAAUCGUAAUACAAUUUUCACAUUACGAGAAGAGCGAGGGUGGUCAUGAUCUCAUCUUCAAAGAGCCCGGCAAGAAUGAAACUCUAUUCAAUCUAGUGUCACUAAAUGAGAAUUUCACUACAACCGGCAAUGUUCUAACCAUUAAACAGAACACAACUUGGAUGAAUUUCCGUUUGGAAUAUGCCAUUUCCGGUUGUGUACAAGUGUUCCAUCGUAAAACUGGUGAAUUUGAAUCGCCGAACUAUCCACUACCGUAUCCGAACGAUGUGGAGUGUGUGUGGGAAAUCAAAACUACGCCGGGUCAAGGUGUGGAAUUAACCGUAACGGAUAUGAAUAUUGAGGAAACGGUGAAUUGCACUAACGAUGCAUUGGUGAUAUCCAGUCACUCUGAGAGCACAAACUAUAAAGAACGCCAUUGUGGACGACAGGACAUCUUAGUUAUCACGAGUUCGAGCCAUCAAUUAUUCGUGCGAUUUAUUAGCAAUAAGGAACAUAAUGAAAAAGGCUUUAAAGCGUCCUACAAAAUACUGAAAUCACAAUGUGGUGGUGUUUUGACUAGUAAAACCGGUGUAAUCACUUCACCAAAUUAUCCACUCAAUUAUCCGGCGGAUGCCAGAUGCGAGUGGACCAUCGAAGUAAACCUUCAUCAUUCCAUCACAUUGACAAUGGAAGAAAUUGAUAUGGAAAAUUACUACUCCUGCGAAAUGGACUAUGUGGAAGCAUACGAAGGUGCCAACAGUGAUAGUGAUCGGCCAGCAGAAGAGGAGAAGCUAUUAUUCAAAGAGUGCGGCUCCUCGGAAUCCUCGCAAAACGAGUGGAUCACAACGACCAAUGCGGCAGUGGUGCGAUUUGAAAGUGAUGAUAGCAUACAGGGAAAGGGCUUCAAAUUGAGCUACAAAGAGAAUUGUGGUCAGCGCAUUCAAAUUGUGGACGACGACAUUGGCUAUAUAGCAAUUGGUCGCAAUGCGAUAACAAAUGAAACGUGCGAAUGGCAUUUGGUGGCCAAGGAUCUCAGCAAGCAUGUGCAAUUCACACCUACACAUGUGCAGCUGAGUCCAUUAAUAUCAUUAUCAGAGAUGCUUGAAGAAGAAUGCAUGGAGCAAGGCGUUAAGAUAUAUGACGGCGUGGAUGACACAGCAGCGCUGCGCAGCAAAUUUUGCAAAACUCAUCCCUCGAAUAUCAUUUCGAACGGCCAUGCGCUCACCAUCAAGGUGCCAAUGAAUGUAACAACGGAAUUCGAAGGAUUCUACCAAUUGAUGGAUAAUUGGUGCGGUGGCUAUUACAUGUCCUUAAGCGGCAAAUUCUCCUCACCCUAUUUUCCUUCCACAUAUCCGGUGAAUAUCGAUUGUGAAUGGUACAUCAUGGCGAGUGAAGGCAAUUCGCUUGUGCUCACAAUUGAAAGCUUCAAUACGGAACUUUCAGAUGGUUGCAAUAAAGAUUAUCUGGAAGUGCGCGAGUCUACGGAGAGUGGUCGUUUGAUGGGCGUAUUCUGUGGUAAUGAUAUACCAUCACCCAUAACCGGACUUCAAUCAAUGUGGAUUAAAUUCGCCAGCGAUAAUGAUGGUGUGGGCAAUGGCUUUGUGGCCUCCUAUAAUUAUGCUACACACAAUGAGAUAACUGGCAAGAAUGGCACAAUCCAAUCACCGCAUUAUCCUACCAAAUUCCGUACAGAUGAGCCAUACACCUGGCGCAUAACUGUUGAUAAAGAUUUUGUGAUCAUGCUGUUGUUGAACCAUAUCAUAGAUGUCGAUAUGCCGUUUAUUAAGAUCUACGAUGGCUAUGCGGAUAUAGGACUUCAAAUCGAUUAUUCCAAUACAUAUCAUGUACGCUCAAGCACAAAUAUAGUUUACAUUAAGUCAUAUCGAGGACCAUUCCAAAUCGAGUGGUCGACAAUUUCAAAAGAAGAAUUGAAGCAAAAUGAAACCUUAGAAGAAAGCGCAGCAAUUUGUGGGAAAAAUGCAUAUUCUAUAGACAGCGGCAAAUUUGAGUUCAUUAAGUCACCUGGUUAUCCUGAUGGUUACCCGCCCUCGCUUAACUGUAGCUGGCUUCUGAUGCCGACAAAUCCCGCUACUCAUAUCGUGCUACAAAUGAGUAAGGUAGAUUUGGAAGAUAUAUCGGAAUGUAUGGCCGAUUACAUUGCAGUCUCGGCAAGUAGUGACAUGCAAAAUUGGGUGGAGUCUGCACGUUUUUGUAACAAGAAGGAAAAUGAAUUGAAAGAAUACCAUGGCAACCCAUAUCUAAAACUCUCUUUUGUCACCGACAUGAGUGUAAAUAAGACUGGCUUCUCGGCUAGUGUAAGAGUUGGUUGCGGUGGAGUGAUGACUGCCAGGCAUGCAUUAGUCAAUCUCACUGAAAUAUUAAGUGGCAGGAACCGAUUGCAAAGCGAAUGUGUGUGGAAGAUACAAGUACGUCCAAGUCGACGUAUACGCAUACGGUUUUUAGAGUCUAAUUUAUCAUCAAUCAAUAGUCAAGGGCCAUCUUGUCGUAAUUACUUUUUGGUACGCAAUGGCUUGGACGAAGACUCACCUUUUCUCGGUAAGGGUAAAUAUUGUGAGAAUAACAUCGAAGAUGUACUGGAGACAACCUCGAACCGUGCAUUCGUAAAAUUAACACGCCCCACUGUCGGUGCAUACUUCAAGGCCACUUUCUAUUAUGAAGAAAUAUCGCAUGAGUGUUCCGAUGUGUUGGUAUUAAGUGAAGACACACCCACUAGCAGUAUGCAAACGAUAAAUUCGCCAAAUUAUCCGAACAUACCGAACCCACAUUCGGAGUGUAUAUGGCGUGUGUCGGCGCCAUUGCAUCACAUCAUAGCCGUGGAAUUCAAAGACGAUUUCGAUUUGGUGCCAUCCGAAAGUCAGUCGGACACUUGUGAUCGCGAAUAUGUACAGUUACACGAUGGCGCUACCGAACUGAUGCCGUUGAUCGGCGUAUUUUGUGGUAAAACGAAGCCAAAUACGAAAUUUACGACGGGUAAUGUGUUGCGUAUAAAAUAUUUCACCGACGUCUCAGAGCCACAUGUCGGCUUCAAAGCGACAGUUUCAAUCGGUCGUUGCGGUGGUGCUUAUUAUGAGCCGCAAGGUGAGAUCGACUCACCCGAUAAUGCGCUGGUGAAAGAUGCGCGCGACUUGGAAUGUGUAUACACAAUAGAGGUGGAGCGUGGUAGUACGAUCAAAUUGAUCGUAGAAAAAAUGGAAUUACCGGACACCGAAGGUUGUAACGCCGAUAGUAAUUUGCAAUUGCAAGAGAUUGUCUCCUACGAUGGCACUGACAAUGUUACAGAUUCUGUACGCCUAUGCGGUAGUCGGAAGGAUAGAACUUACAUCGUCGAGAGUAACAAACUGAUUUUACGUUAUUACAUUAAGGAGUUCAGACCUACGCACACAUUUAAGCUCACGUACACGUCAAUCGGUACACGUUGUGGCGAGACAAUUAUCGCACCACGUGGCACACUCUACACGCCCGGCUAUCCGCAGGGAGUUGCACGUCCGACACAUUGCGCUUGGAAGAUACGCGUGCCGAGGGGUAAACGUGUCAAAGUGGAAAUUCUUGACUUCGACAUCGGUGCGCCGCUGAAUGUGACCAAUUCAUUCGGACACCAAAGCUCUUUCCGUGGACGUCUAACUUUUGCUAAUGACUUUGAAAUGCAAUCGAUAAUUGCACGUAUCACGACGAACCCGCCGGCUGCUGUCUACUCCACUGAUAAUGAAAUGGCCAUAGAUGCCUUUCUACUCUCGUUCAGUCAGCAUCGUGGCUUCAGGCUACGCUUCUCAUCCGAUGAGGACUCACAAGUAUGCCUACAUAAUGUCAAGGCAACGAAUGGUGAAGGUGUAUUGCGUUUCAGACGUAACAAUAGUACGGACAUUUACUGCAAUUACGAGCUUAAAAUGCCACACAAUUCCACAAUAACGCUGCAAGUAGAUAAAUUUGAACGAAAUGCUACCACAGGCUGGUAUCGUGAAUACUGUAUGUACAUAUCGCCAUUGAAAUUGGAAUUGAAUACGCAGCAAAUAUUGCGUGAGUUUAUGUGUAAUAAUGAAACGCAUGCCGUUGCACGGUUACCCUAUCCCGUUACAAUGAAGUUAAUGGGCAACAGACGCAAUGGUCUCAUAAACUUGGAGCUUAAGUAUAAGAUGUACCCAUGCGGCGGCAUACGCUCCAUUUACACGGAUCUCAAUAUAACCGAACCGCAAAUGGGCAACUAUAGCGGGGUGUUGGAGUGCGCUUGGGCCAUAUGGCCGGAUCAUGAAUUUAGCGUAGAUGAUAUGGACGAUCUGGAUUACUGGUCGGCGGGCAGGCAGAUCGAAGUCUCACUAUCAACAGAUUUCAAGACGAAUUGCGAAGAUCAAUAUCUGAUAAUAUACAAUGGACCCAAUCAGAAUUUCCCACAUCUCGGACGUUAUUGCACGCAAUCAUCUAUGGAGAACAUAGUGGUGGAACGUGGAGUAUUUGUGGAAUACUAUACACGCAACUACGAAGCGCAAUCCAAGUUCAACGUAACACUGAAACAAGGCAGCGGUUGCGGUGGUACACUCACCUAUCCAUAUAGACCGAUCACAUUUAGCGAUCAGUACAAGAAUAACAUCGAAUGCGUGUGGACGCUCUCAACUGAGGCUGGUUUUCACGUUGGAGUCUAUUUCACCGAUCGUUUCUUCAUUGAAUCGAGUAUAAAUUGCACUAAAGAUUAUUUGCUUGUGCAACAGUUGGCGGUAAAUGGUACAUGGGAGGAUUUGGGCCGCUACUGUGGACGUGUACCGCCGCAAUCGGUGAAUAGCACAACAACCACGAUGCGUCUGAUUUUCCGCACCGACGCUGACACAUUGGGUGAUGGUUUUACGGCGAACUUCGAACGCAAUUGUGGUGGCAUACUAUAUGCGACGGCCGAACAGCAAUAUAUGGUCAGUCCUGGCUAUCCGGUGCGCUACAAUAAUAAUCUCAAUUGUAAUUAUACUAUUGUGCCGAAGCAGAGUACCAAAACCGGUGUGCUGGUGGAUUUCAUAGACUUUGAGAUCGAGUCACCGCCCAUAACGCGUUGUCUCUUCGAUAAUGUUACCGUGUACACGCAUAACGACGACAACGUCGUAGAGACGGUGCACUGUGGCACGCAGCGCGCACAUGGCUUUCGUGGUGAUCAUGUGAAUGUGAUCCUACGCACUGAUCACUCGUUUGCUUCGCGCGGUUUCAAGUUUGCCUACAGCACCAAUGUCUGUGGCUUCGCCGUACACAAUACAACGGUCAUCGAGACGCCGCACGACUUUAAGGAUGGCAGUUUUCCACCGAAUACCGAAUGCUUUUGGAAUCUAACAGCGCCGGACAACUAUAAAAUUCUCAUCAAGUUUGAAUAUUUCGACUUUGAGAGUGAUGCAUCUUGUGAUUUUGAUGGUGUUAAGGUUUACAAGUCACUAUAUCCGGUGGAAAAUGAGCGCAUUGGCAAGUUCUGCGGCAAUCUAACUGGUAUCAUACCACCGCUACAUAUUGCCGGCAAUCGUGGUCUCAUACACAGUUACACGGAUCGCAGCAUAAAUUCGAUGGGUUUCAAGGCUUUAGUCACAUUCUUACCCAAUUGCGAUCAAAAGAUCCAUCUGGAUGCUAACAAUUCCACUUAUGAUUUCACGAAAUACGCUGGUGGUUAUGCGAAUAACUUGGAUUGCGCUUACAUAUUUACAACAACACAUGGUCGUCAGUUGUUUGCCGAUUUCAAUAGUUUCCAUGUGGAGGAGAGCGAAAAGUGUCAAGAUGACUUUCUUGAGGUGCGUGAUGGUGCUGGUCCAUUCGGUGACUUGAUCGGCCAAUUUUGCGGUCAUGUGGUGCCAACACGCAUGAUGUCCUCACAACAUGCUUUAUUUAUGCGCUUCGUGAGUGAUUCGGCGCAGACAAGUGCCGGCUUUAGUUUGAAGAUUACAUCGUUGCCGCGUAUCUGUGGCGAUAUGGAAUUGGAGGUGAAGAGUAAAGAGAAACUAGUUUUGAAAUCACCGAAUGCUGGUGCGCCGCUUUAUGGCAAACAUUUGAAUUGUCUGUGGAAAUUGAAGAGCACAAAAACAAUACAUUUGAAGUUCGAACAAUUCGAUUUGGAAGGCUCUAAUGCCACAGGCAGAUGUGGCGGCGACACACUGAAAAUUUAUAAUAAAGAGGAUGAGGAUCAAGUGGAACGUGGUUAUAGCACUGAGGUAGUACACAACGGACAAAGGGGCAACGAAGUUUGGAGUAAUUAUGCCACUAAUCAUGUUUAUUGCGGCAAUCAAUUACCGGAUGACUACUUUUCCACUGGCAAUAUGCUAAUUAUUAAAUUCCAAACUGAUGAUGAAAUCGAAAAGACAGGCUUCACUAUUAAUGCUUAUGCUGUGGAAGGUUGUUUCCGCAAUUUCACCGGUACGCAAGGCUUCGUGCAAAUCGCCGAUACAACGGAUGAAUGUGAUGUCUACAUUGAAUCACCACAAAAUUAUACACUCAGUCUCUACUAUGGUGAUGUCACCUUUGCUGAAUAUGAUUGCGUUAAGGAGUAUGUGGAAGUCUUUGAUGCCCACACAAAUAGUUCACUUCAAAAGAUUUGCUCAUACACUGGCAAUGAUAAGGCGCUCUUCUCACACACGAAUCAGUUGCGCUUGCAUUUGAAAAUGAGCGGCUACUAUACGCGAUUCGAAUUGACUUAUCUGGCUAGCCAGGAAGGGCCCGGAUGUGGUGGUAAUAUAUACAAUACUCGUGGUAAUAUCGUAAAUCCAUUCUAUCCGAAUAAUGUGCGAAAUAACUCCGAUUGCCGUUGGAAUAUACGUGUGCCAACGAAUCUACAUGUUUUGCUGAAAUUUGAAGUUUUUGAUCUCGGCACCAAAAACACUUGUCAUUCCGACUACUUGGAGGUUAUUGAGCGCGAUGACGAUGGCACAGAGAGUGUUGCGCGACGCUUUUGUGGCGGGGAUAAUCCAAAAAUGUAUAAGAGUUCGCGCAGUUCGCUCAGCAUUCGCUUCCACAAAACGAUGAAUUACGACGGCACCGGCUGGGUUAUAUAUUUCUCUGGAGUGUAUUCAAAUUACAAAAUCCCCGAUUAUGCGUUAAUGUAAUGCUGUAAGGAGGCAACAAAUGUGCAUUAAAAACUCAAAUAUAAAAUGUAAUGUAAAAUGAAAACAAUUAAGUAUUAAAUAUAUUGUGUGUAAUAUAAUUUUAA